AUGUCGAACCUGCUCAGCGCGGAAAACUUGAACGGCCGACUGCUGUUUGCCAUCCCCAAGAAGGGGCGGCUGUACGAGAAAUGUCUCGAGAUCCUCUCGGGAGCCGAUAUCCAGUUCAAGCGCCAGCACCGCCUGGACGUCGCGCUGGUGCAGAACCUGCCGAUUGCACUUGUCUUCUUGCCCGCAGCCGACAUCCCACGCUUCGUUGGCGAGGGUAACGUCGACCUGGGUAUCACGGGUCAAGACAUGGUAGCGGAAGCAGGCGAGAAGGUGUCUGGUCUCAUCAGCGAGACGCUGCAGCUUGGGUUUGGUAAGUGUUCGCUGCAGGUGCAGAUUCCGGACCCGGUCUUGCCCGCCAAUGCUGGGAAGAACAUCACAAGUGUCGAGGACCUGGUGGGUAAGAAGGUCGCUACGAGCUUCGACUACCUCGCGGGAAAGUACUUUGCGGAGCUCGAUUCCAAAGCGACGGCGGCACGACGCGCUGCGGGCACACUGGGCGCGGACGAGGCGGUCAAGACCCAAAUCGAGUACGUCGGCGGGUCGGUCGAGGCUGCGUGCGCACUGGGGCUCGCAGACGGCAUCGUCGACCUUGUUGAGAGCGGCGAAACCAUGCGUGCCUGUGGCCUCACCGCUAUCAGCAACCUCCUCACCUCCCAAGCUGUCCUGAUCAAACCCUCCACCCCGCACACGCGCUCCGACACGAACCUGAUCAACCUCAUCACCGCGCGCAUCCGAGGUGUCAUUGCCGCAUCCAAAUACGUGCUCUGCCAGUACAAUGUUCAGAAGAAAGACCUGCAGCAGGCACUCGCCAUCACGCCCGGCAGGAGGGCCGCCACCGUAAGUCCGUUGGAGGAGCAGGACUGGAACGCCGUCAGCAGCAUGGUCCUCAAGGCCGAGGUCGCCACCAUCAUGGACAAGCUCGAAAACAUCGGCGCUAGCGAUAUCCUCAUUGUCGGCAUCAACAACUGUCGUGUUUAG